AUGGCCGAGGCUCCGACAGAUACCCCGGAGGAGUGGCACCGGGCGCACGGCUGCUGGAAGCUCAUCCAGAACCUUGACUUCGCGAUUCAACAAUUUCAGUUCAACCCCAGAUUUAACAUUUCAGAUGAUUUGAAGGUCGGCUUUUUCACCACAGACCACGCUACUCAAACAGAUUCUAGUGAAAUUUUGCCACUAAAGGAGUUGAGUUCCUGUACAAAAAAGUUAGUGAAGAUUGUUUCAUCCCUUGAGCAGGAUUAUAGGUUUGUCAAGCAAUUUCUUCAAAUGAAAUUUGAGGACCGGCUUCAAGAGGAAUCUUCCAAUAUCUUCAAUGAUCUACAUGACAGGAUCCUUGAAAUGGAAAAACGUUAUCAUCAGAAUGAGGAUACCAUGAGAAAAUGCUUUAACCAGCAGUUAGCUGAUGCCAUUGCUGAUAUCAGAGGAAUGUAUAAGAAAUAUUUUGAUGUUGAAGAAGAGAAGGCUGCUUUGCAAGAUGCAACAAAUAUCAAGCUGAAUAUUUUGGAAAAAAAGCUGAAAGAGAAAGAACGAAUUAUUAGGGAAUUGAAAGAAGAACUAGAACGUUGUGAAGAAGCUGGAUUUCUAAAACUUGACCUCUUUGCCAAAGAGACCAGCUCUCCAAGACAAACCUUUGAAAAGGAAAACUCAGAGUACAAACAGGAGAAUGAGAGACUGCUUCAAGUGAUUGCAGGUCUGGAAGAAGAAAUUCGACUCAAUAUCAAAGAAAAUUCAGUACUAGAAGAUGAAAUUAUAAAUCUCAAAGAGAUUUCAGAGCAGGAUCAGAGAACUAUUCAACAGUUAAUGGAUAGCAGAGAAAGAUUAAGAUAUGAACUUGAGUGUGAAAAAUCAGUAGUUCAAGAUAUGAUUAAUAAACAGAAAGAAGACAUGGAGCUUAGAAAAAAGUACGAUAGUGAUGAAGGGAGAAGAAUUUUGGAGAUGCACGUGGAAACGUUAAAGGCUAAUUUGGAGAAUCAGAAGAAGAAAUUAGAAAGAUGUAAAAAGGAAUCAGAGCAGAUAAACAAAAACUGGGAGAGGAAAUUCCAUAUUCUCAGGAACAGCUUUCAUGUCCUAAAGGAUGAGAUGUUUACUAGGCACACACUGUUUCGUCAGUUUGCAGUGCUCGCUGAUACAUCCUUCAAUUAUGUGAAAGUGAAACCUUUAUUUGUGCAGUCUAGAUUAAACUUGGAAGACACCGCAUCUUCUUCAAGUGAUUAUCAUUUGACUUUGAUAGAAAAAAAGUACCCAGAAACAGUUAGUGAUCAGCUCUCCUUGCAUCAAUCACCCAGAGUGAAUCGAGGAUCCUCCAAAGAACCUUGGGAGAAGAUAUGGGUACACCAUCCCACUCCCCCACCCCCAAUGAAUGAUGUGGACCCAACUGGGCUUCUUAGAGAGACCACAGAAUAG